AAUGGGCCAUGGCGUCCACGUUAUACAUGCCCUUGCUGUGACGACUGGGAAUUCCAAGAACCCUAUAAAUAUUUCCCAUCGCUCCAUCACUGGGGCGGAGCGGUAGAUAGGGCUUGGGAGAACGAUCGCUAGAAGAAGAGAUAGCUAGGGAAGCGCGAGGCAGAUUCACAGGCGCGAGCAAGCGAUCAAUCGACCGGCAUGGCGAUUAUCUCCAAGGCCGUUCUCCCAUCCGCCGUUCUCCCGCAAUUGGAGAACAAGAAGACGCAGCUCCUGGUUGGAUCGUCCUCUGGCAUCAGCUAUGGCGGCAGAUCUAGGCGAGCUGGAUUGAAAAUCCAGGCUGUGCACGCCGUGGAGCCGAUUACCGAGGCGCCGACGGUGGCAGCCCCGAUCCCCAAGGGGUGGAGCAAGGAUAGCUGGAAGUCCAAGAAGGCCUUGCAGCUGCCGACUUAUCCCAGCCAGGAGGAGCUGGAGGUGGUGAUCAAGACGCUCGAGAAUUUCCCACCCCUGGUCUUUGCUGGAGAGGCGAGGUCCCUCGAGGAGAAGCUCGGUGAGGCGGCUCUUGGAAGAGCGUUCUUGCUCCAGGGCGGUGACUGCGCUGAGAGCUUCAAGGAAUUCAAUGCCAACAACAUCAGGGAUACUUUCCGGGUGAUCCUCCAGAUGGGAGCCGUUCUUAUGUUUGGUGGACAAAUGCCUGUUAUCAAGGUGGGAAGAAUGGCCGGCCAGUUCGCAAAGCCGCGAUCUAGCGACUUUGAAGAGAAAGAUGGUAUCCGGCUCCCAUGCUACCGUGGAGACAACAUCAACGGUGACGCGUUUGAUACGAAGUCGAGGACCCCCAAUCCGGAGAGGAUGACUCGAGCCUACUGCCAAGCUGCUGCUACUCUCAACUUGCUGCGAUCUUUUGCCACGGGAGGUUAUGCCGCCAUGCAAAGAGUCACUCAGUGGAACCUCGAUUUCACCUCCGACAGUGAACAGGGUGGAAGAUACAAGGAGCUUGCGAAUCGUGUCGACGAGGCUUUGGGAUUCAUGUCAGCUUGCGGGCUUACGAUCGAUCACCCGAUCAUGACGUCGACUGAGUUUUGGACCUCUCACGAGUGCUUACUGCUACCAUACGAGGAAGCCUUGACUCGCCAGGACUCGACGAGCGGCCUCUGGUACGACUGCUCGGCGCAUAUGUUGUGGAUUGGAGAGCGCACGCGACAACUCGACGGAGCACACAUUGAGUUCCUCCGAGGAGUAGCAAAUCCCAUUGGUGUCAAGGUAAGUGACAAGAUGGACCCCAACGAGCUGGUCAAGCUCAUCGACAUCCUGAAUCCUCAAAACAAGCCCGGCAGGCUGACUGUCGUUGUCCGCAUGGGAGCCGAGAAGCUGAGGAUGAAACUUCCGCACCUCAUUCGCGCUGUUCGCACGGCCGGCCAGAUCGUGACUUGGGUGAGCGAUCCCAUGCACGGGAACACCAUCAAAACUCCGAGCGGAUUGAAAACCCGUCCUUUCGACUCGAUCCGGGCCGAGCUGAAAGCUUUCUUCGACGUUCACGACCAGGAAGGAAGCCAUCCCGGCGGCGUGCACCUGGAGAUGACCGGGCAGAACGUCACCGAGUGCAUCGGUGGGAGCAAAUCUGUGCUGCUGGAGAACCUGUCCGAUCGCUACCACACUCACUGCGACCCCCGGCUCAACGCCUCGCAGUCUCUGGAGCUGGCCUUCAUCAUCGCCGAGAGACUACGAAAGAGAAGAUUGGGCUUGUAAGUAAGCAGCAAGAACACCAUAGCUACAAGCUAUGGAGAUUUGUGGAUAGCUUUGCAAGUCACUAGAAGGAGGGAGAAGGAGACGCUACUUUAAUUCUAUCUUAGUAGGAGAUAGUAUGGAUUUUUGGAUUGACCACCACCCACCAUAAUAUCUAAAGAAGAUAAAACGCGUUUGAUGCA